GUGGCAGGCUCGCAUGUGUGCUGUCGCGACGGGCUGCUUAGUCAGCGAGACGGUCGCCCGUCUUGACCUCAUCGACUGCACGACGCGCCGCGACGCCCAUGUCCGCCCCCACGACCACCACCGCGCCCAUUGAGCCCGACCGAUGACGCUCCUGGUCGCACGACAAUGCCGACUCUUGCGCGCUGCCGGGCCGCCGCCGCUGCUGCUGCCUGUGCCUGCUGCCCGCGCGACGACGCGGUCGUAUGCGGAUGAAGCCGCGCCGCCGCUGAGGCGCUUCAUACGGAAGCACGCCGUGAACUCGUUCGGCGGACCGCCCACGACCGCCGUCCGCGUCUCGGAGCGCAGAGAGGACGGCGCGGGCUUCACCAUUACGCGGAACAGCGCGCGGGGCGAUGCGCGGGCCAGUCGUGCGAGGGCGCCGAACCAGGUCAUCGACACUGGCUCCGUGGCCAGCGCCGUCCUGGUGCCUGCGUCUGUCGCUGCCGCCACGCCCGCGCACUUUGUCGACAAGAUGGAGCCGCUCGCCGCCGACGCCGCACGCACCCACGGCCUCGCCGUCUUUUUCGCAACGCCGUCGUUUGCCACCUGGCUCCUCGACGACAGGGUGUUCCUGGAGAAAGCCCUCGCUCAGCUGUACGGCAACCUCGCCGUGCCCGCGCCCGUGCACGCCGUCUGCGCCGUCGUCGACAGACUGCCGCAGGCCGCCUACACGGGCGGGGAACUGGGGCGCGAUGCGGUGGCAGAGGAACUGGGGCGCGAUGCAGUGGCAGAGCAACUGUACCGCCGCGCGUGCCGGCCGCCCGUCAACGAGGCCGGCGUCGAGGGCAUCGCCUACGUCGCGCUCCCCCGCGACGCCCUGCUGUCCGCACAGCCGCCCGUCAGCGGAGACCAAGGCUGCAUCGACUUUGUUGCGCAGACCGUGGCCGUGGGAGGCGGCCGGUGCCACGACAGACUGCGCGUGCCGCUCGCCAACACCGUCUUCCAGACAGGAGCGCCCGCCACCCUGAUCAGCUCGUCGUGGGCGCCGUCAAGCAGCGGCAGGCUGGAGCUCAGGUCGCGCGAGCAGCGCAAGACGCUUGCCGUCCAUCUGUCCGCACAGCGUCUCGGCUCGCCCCGGCACCAGGACGUGCGAGCACUCGGCGUCCCGCUGCUUCCUCUGACCAUGCCGCGCCAGGUGGACGGCCACAUGGGCAACAUCAUCCGCCGACUCAUUGACGGCGACGGCAACCACAUGACUGCGUCCACGGAGCUGGAGGACGUCGUGCCGCGCUACUUCAAAACGCGCGGCGAGUCGCCCCGCGCCACCUCGGCCUGGGCGCUGGUCAUGUCCGAGGGGGUGGCGCGCAUCUUGACGAGAGCGUGUGCCAGCCUUGGAUCCGACCCAGCGUUCGACCCAGCGUCCGACUCAGCGUCCGACUCAGCGUCCGACUCAGCGUCCGACUCAGCGUCCGGCCCCGAGGGCUUCGAGUCCAUGGACAAGGAGGAGAUGGCACGCUGCCAGCAACACGCCCUUGAGCUGCUCUGGCGCGCGCAUCCACCGCAAUGCAACACGCUAGUCGACCUCGCCUGCGGCCGGGGCGCGCGUCUGCACAAGGUCCUCAGCGGCGGCGGUGGAUGGGGCAAGAAGGCCGGCCUGCUGUCCCUCGAUCCCAUGCCCACUGGCCCGCCGCAGCCUGAGCGAGCACCCGAGACCGACGACGACGACGACUUUGACAGCGUGGACGAGUUCUCGACGGCGCUGAGGCCCGUCGUCAACGACGGCGACUACAUACAGUUCUUCAUUUCCCCGGCAGUAGCCCCGGAGCCCGAGCCGGACGCGCACGACUUCUCGAAUGAAGAGCUGCCCUCGGGCUCUGGCGAGAAGAAGCAACGGACUUUGGAGAAGAAGCAGCGGACUUUGGAGAAGAAGCCAUGGACCUGGGAGAAGAAGCCAUGGACCUGGGAGUUUGGCGUCAUCCCCAGCACCAUAGACUCCAUCCCCGCCGACUCCCCGCAACACCCCUCGGGGCCCGCCGGGGAGAUUACAGUCCACAGAGGCACAUUUGGCGCGCUCACCGAAGGCGGGCUGACGCUCAUGCACGGUCGCGACAUGGACGAGAGGACUGGAAUUGCAAAGGAGGACGUGAACACGACGACGAUCAAUGUCCCGUUCGCACGCUGGUCUGCCAUGAGACUCGUCCCGGAGGCAGGCGCCAGACUCGUCCCAGAGACAGGCGCCAGGCUCGUCCCAGAGACAGGCGCCAGACUCGUCUCAGAGACAGGUGCCAGACUCCAGACGCAAAGCGACGCGAAGAGGUUGCAGACGUUGCAGACAUGGCCCAAGUCGUUCAAGCGACUCACACUGGCAAAAGGCAGAUUCGAUGCAAGUAGCCCUCUGUAGACAACAACAAGUCGUUUUUUUUAAUGCCGUGUAGUUGUCUACGCGUGGCUUCUCGACUUGGACGCCGUGCACACGACCGUCCAUCCCGCCCUCCAAGCACAGCAGCGAGACAUCCACCAAGCGAACCAAGGCAAAUCCAGACUCGUCUCCACACGCUGAGAACGAACCAACCGCCUCCGCUGAGAACGAACCAACUGCCUCCGCUCUCGCCCGAGCGGCGCUCGCGGAUCCAGAACGGCCGGCCUGGAAGAAAGCGGCCAUCAGGAGAGUGCUCAGGCACUUUGACGACGUGCAGAGAGGCGGGCAAAAG